AUGAGUCAAGGAAUAAUAAAUGACAUGAAAGAAUUCAUGACAAAAGAGCGGAAAAGCAGUUUCAAGAAUGAAUUGACAUCUUUCCUCAAGUAUCUAGUCCACAAAAAGAUGAAGAUUGAAGAUGCCGAGGUUCUUCAAAGUUUCUGUCAAUUUUCUUAUGUAAAACUCAGAGGAUGUCCAUUGCCAUAUGAAUUGGCUUCGAUCAAUGGAUUAAAACUGACUCCCCAGCGAAAAGUCACUUUUGUUGCAAAACCAAAGAGAAUCUGGUUCCACAAAAUAUGGUCCAGAGAAGGAAAGAUCCAGAAUCUCAGAGAAAAAAGACUUCCGGCCAUCACCAACAUCGAUCCAAAGAAGAUGUUCAUGCCUUCAAUGUCAUUCAGUCAACUGAAAGAGAACAAAACAACGAAAGUCAGCUCAUCAGAGACUACUGCAAUCAAUAUUCAGGAGUGCACCACGACUAAACUGAUGAAUUCACUCAAUUUCACGAUUCAAGAAGUCUUAGAGAACCCAUUUAUUCUGAAUAAAUAUGCAAAAUAA